AUGGGCUCCUCGCAGUCGGUCAUUACCGCACUAGACACAGUGCUAAGACAACGGGAUAUAAAGAUUGCCCAUCGCACUUUGAAAAAUUUUGUUAAGGAAAUUGAUCGGGUGGCCCCUUGGUAUGCUUGUUCCAGGUCAUUGACUCUCGCCUCAUGGAACAAAUUAGGCAAAGAUCUCGAUUAUAAAUUAGCAGAUGGAGAUUUGAGGCAGGGCACAAAAGCCAUUUGGAAACUUGUUAAAAAUUGUUUACAAGAUGAAGCCUGUAGGGGCGCCGUAGCAAAGGGCCGAAGUACCCUUGAGGAGGUCCAGGAUAGCAUGUCAGAAACCGAGCGUAGCAAGAGGUUGGGCGCGCGCAAAAAGAAAAUCGUCCACAAGAAGGAAAAAGCCCCCCCCCCCCGGGAGUCUAGUGACAAGGGGGUGUUUCAGCCAGAUCACGGGGAUCCUCCCCCUGCUGUUAAACCAAAGGGAGGAGCUGGCUUCUACCCCGUGCAAGAGCUUGAAGCCUUAAAUCUUGACAGUUCUGAUGACUCUGAAAGCUCAGAGGAUGAGGGUUUAGAUACUGAGGAGGAAGCAGAGCUGGAAGAGGAGGCUGCCAAGUAUGAGGAAGAAAGAUACCAUCCAGAUGACCAGAUACAUAACAACAAAACACCUUGGAGGCGGCUGGUUCAAACAGUCCCCUCAAAAUUUUCCUUUCUUCCAGAAAAGGUAAAACGCAGAAUGCACCUCGCUUUCCCUGUUUUUGAAGGCGUUGACGUGACACAGCGGUUGCAUGCACCCGUAGAAUACAAUCAGAUAAUGGAGCUGGCCGAAUCAGUCAAAAAAUACGGAGUUACGGCCAAUUUUACUCUUGCACAACUAGAUAGACUUGCCAUGAAUGCCCUAACGCCUUCUGAUUGGCAGAUGGUAGCGAAGGUAGCACUUGUCAGCAUGGGCCAAUAUAUGGAAUGGAAAGCACUUUGGCAUGAGGCUGCCCAAGAGCAGGCUAGAGCUAAUGCGACAGCCCUGACACCUGAACAACAGUUGUGGACAUUUGACAUGCUUACAGGCCAGGGUCGUUUUGAGGCUGAUCAGACCAAUUAUCAUUGGGGUGCUUACCCACAGAUUGCCAGCACGGCUAUUAGGGCCUGGAAGGCACUCUCCAGGAAAGGAGGGGCGGACAACCAACUUGUAAAGAUUAUUCAAGGGACUCAGGAGCCUUUCUCUGACUUUGUGGCAAGAAUGACAGAGGCAGCAGGGCGAAUCUUUGGUGAUCCCGAGCAGGCUGCACCUCUUGUUGAGCAACUUAUUUUUGAACAGGCCACCCAGGAAUGUCGUGCAGCUAUAGCCCUGAGAAAGAACAAAGGAUUACAGGAUUGGCUUAGGGUCUGUAGAGAACUCGGGGGACCCCUCACUAAUGCGGGGUUAGCUGCGGCAAUCCUACAGUCUCAAAAGUGCCCCCUUAAGGGGCCAGAUAAAAGAACCUGUUUUAAAUGCGGAAAGGCAGGGCAUCUAAGAAAAGAUUGUAGGAUGCCGGACAGGGAAAGAGAGCCACCAACACUUUGCACUCGUUGCGGCAAAGGAUACCAUAAGACUGCCCAGUGCUGCUCGGUACGGGAUAUAAAGGGAAGGGUUCUCUCCCCUAUAGAAGCACCAACAAAUGAGGUUCCAAAAACCGGGGCGUCGGGCCCACGGUUCCAGGGCCCGCCAAAAUAUGGGAACAGAGUCAACAGGAUGAUAAACGAGACCCCUCAGGAGUCGGAACAAGAAUGGACUUGUGUGCUGCCUCCGACUUCCUAUUAA